AUGUCCCCUAAACAGUGUAGCGGUACCUGGUUGCUGCUGCUGGCAACGAUCUGUAACUUCUGCCUACUGGUACUCACCGAACUGCCCCGUCCACGAGGCGUAUCUCUCUCACAGACCAGCCUGUACGAGGAUCGUGCUGGCAGCGGCCAGUUCGUUUGUCUCGACGGCAAAAAGGUGAUACACCGGGAGCGCAUCAACGACGAUUACUGUGAUUGUGACGACGGGAGCGAUGAGCCGGGGACGGCCGCUUGUCCGGGCGGUUCGUUUCACUGCACCAACGCCGGUUACAAACCGCUGAGCAUUCCAAGCUCUCGGGUAAACGAUGGUAUCUGUGAUUGUUGCGAUGCGUCCGACGAGUACGCUUCCCAGGCAAACUGUGUGAACACAUGCAGCGAGCUCGGUAAGGAGGACCGUAUGCGGGAAAAACAGCGUAGCGAGAUGCUGAAAACUGGUAACCAGCUUCGGCUUGAAAUGAGCCAACGAGGACGAGCGCUCAAGGAUGAACAGCGUGUCCGGCUGGCCGAACUCGACAAAAACCGGGCAGAGGCUGAAGCGCUCAAACAGGAAAAGGCAACGCUGAAAAGUGAGGCGGAAGAGUUGGAAAAUGCGGCCCUCAAGGUUUACCGUGACCGGGAGGAGGAGGCGAAAAAAGUUAAAGAGGAAGCGGAAGCGGUGAACAAUCGUGACGAGGCGGAGGAAACGUUCCGAAAGUAUGAUUCGAACCAGAAUCAAAUGCUCGAGUUGGUCGAACUGCAGACGCGCAUCGUGUUCGACCGGAACCGUGACGGUGCGGUAACGGAAGAUGAGGCACGCUUCUUCCUAGACGAACGGGACCAGGUAGAUUUUGAAACGUUCGUAACGUUAUGUUGGCCGCGCAUCAAACCAUUUCUUAUGAUGGAUUCCGGACUGUUCAAAGCACCGGGCGAAAACCAUGGAGAGGAGGAGGUGGUUGAAGAAGCGGAACUACAAUCGGAAGGGAUGUACGAUUUGGAGGGUAGCGAACCCAACGAUCAAACCGGGCAAGACGGUCAGUACGGAGAUGAGGAAUAUCAGCGGUCCAACGGCGACGAGGAGGAUCAAGAGGCUCUGGAAGAGCACGACGAGGAAGAAGAUGAAGGGGACGAUGUUGGCGAGGGAGAGAUUGAAGAAGCGGCACGGGGAGCAGCCGCAAAACCGACAGUCGAGUAUGAUCCCGUCACGCAGGACCUGAUUAACAAGGCGAACGAAGCGCGCAACCAGUACAUGGAGGCCGAUCGACACGUGCGUGAAAUGGAGCAGGAAAUUCGCAGUAUUAAGGAGUUGUUGGACAAAGAUUACGGCAAGGAGGAAGAGUUUGCUGCCUUGAACGGGGAAUGUUUCAACUUUGAGGAUCGGGAGUACGUGUACAAACUGUGCCCGUUCGAUAGGGCGAGUCAGCAGCCACGUAGCGGCGGCGCUGAGACAAGAUUGGGAACCUGGGAUCGAUGGAAUGGACCGGGCGAUUAUAGCGCCAUGCUUUACUCGAACGGAGCGCCCUGCUGGAACGGUCCGCAACGGUCUGCCUUGGUACAUCUGGAGUGUGGCCUCGACACCAGAGUGUUAUCCGUCACCGAACCGAACAGAUGCGAGUACGAGUAUCGCAUGCAAACGCCGGCCGCCUGCUUUUACCAGGAAGAUCAAUCGAACGGUGCCAAAGAAACACACGACGAGCUGUAG